AUGAGCUCGGGGCCGGCGACGACGGAAGGUUUCGGGUCUGGAUGCUUCAAGGGUGCGGUCGCGGACAAGUACUUGAGUAAAUACGGCGAAUCUGCGACGUUGCUCGCGAACGGGAACUGGACCAAGGAUAUGGCGAAGGCGGAUAUCGUCGCCAAGGCGGUGCUCGACUGGGCCGUGGACAACGGCGCCUCGGUGUACUGCCACUGGUUCCAACCGAUGGGCUCCUCGGGUGUGCGUCACGGUAACUCUGGUCAAGUGCACCAGUCUAUGUUUGAUUUCGCGGCGGAUGGUACCCCGUUCUACUCCUUCACGGGCGAACAGCUCCUCCAAGGGGAGACGGAUGGUUCCUCUUACCCGAACGGCGGCAUGCGCGCGACGCACACCGCCGGCGGUUACCUUUCCAUCGACCCGUCUUCGCCGAUCUUCUUGCGCGAAGACACCGUGUUCAUCCCGGCCGGUUUCGUUUCUUACAACGGCGAUGCCCUCGACGAGAAGACGCCGCUUCACCGCGCCACUACCGCUUUGGACAAGCAAACGAAGCGCAUGCUCAAGGCGAUGGGCUACGACGUCGGCUCCGCCUCCGUCUACGCCAACAUUGGUUUGGAGCAAGAAAUCUUCUUGGUGCCGCGCCAUGCGUACUACCGCCGCCCGGAUCUUCAAUUCACUGGCCGUACCAUUACCGGUAAGUUCCCGGCUCGUGGCCAAGAGAUGAGCGACCACUACAUGGCUCCGAUCUCCCGCGCCACCGCCGCGUUCGAGUGCAUGCGUCAAAUCCAACAAGAGUGCUUCAAGAUGGGUAUCCCGUUGAAGACUCGACACCGUGAAGUUGCGCCGAACCAAUACGAGUUCGCCCCGAUGUUCGGCAACGCGAUCUCGCAAGUUGACCAAAACUUGAUGAUCAUGCAAAUCAUCGAAGAAGUCGCCUCCGAGCACGGCCUCGCGGCGCUUCUCCAAGAAAAACCGUUCGACGGCAUCAACGGUUCCGGUAAGCACAACAACUGGUCUAUCGGUACCUCCGAUGGGCUUAACUUGAUGAACCCGAAGCAAGUUAACGCGAAGACUGGCAACGCUGAGAUCUUCCCGUUGGUCAUGGCCGCUAUGGUUUCCGCCAUCGACAAGCACGGUGACUUGAUGCGCCUCGCCAUCGCGUCCCCGGGCAACGACUUCCGUCUCGGCGCCAUGGAAGCGCCGCCGGCUGUUAUGUCCACGUACCUCGGCCCGUCCAUCACGGAGUUCAUGAACAACGUGAAGAAUGGUACCCUUGGUACGUACACGCCGCAAAAGAAGCCGCUCAACUUCGGCACCGACAGCAUCCCGUCGAUCGAAGUGCCGGCCGAAGAUCGUAACCGUACCUCUCCGUUCCCGUACGGUGGUAACCGUUUCGAGUUCCGCGCCGCCGGCUCUUCCCAAAACGUUGCCAUGGUCAACACGGUGUUGAACACCAUCGCCGCCGAAGCGUUUGGUAUCGUUGCUGACCGCCUCGAAAAGGGCGACAAGGCGCUCUCCAUCGCACAAGACUUGUUGACCAAGCACGACAAGUGCGUUUUCAACGGUAACGGUUACGAUCCGGAAUGGCCGGAUGAGGCCGUUAAGCGCGGUGUGUGGCGCAUCGAUGCUGGUUGCGACGCCAUUAACGAGCUCGACAGCGCCAAGAACGUCGACCUCUUUGAGAAGAUGGGUAUCUUCUCCGCCAGAGAAUGCGAAGCUCGCAAGUCCGUGCUCCUCGGCCACUACAUCGGUAGCGUCGAGAUGGAAGCUUUGACGAUGAUCGACAUGAUCAACCAACACGUGAUCCCCUCCGUCAAGCGUGCCGACCUGGGUAACCCGGGCAAGCUCAACGACGCCGUCAAGACACUCAAGGGCGCCAUCGCGUCCAUCCACGCCGCUGCGGAGUCUGACGAACACAAGGCUGCUCAAAUCGCUCGCAAGAUGCGCCUCGAAACCAUGGUUUCCAUCCGUGAUGUCAUCGAUGAAUUCGAAGGCCGAUGCCCGCCGGAAGAUUGGACUCUCGCGACGUACCAAGAGCUUCUCUUCCUCGACACUCACCCGGAGUCUGAUUACGUGUAG